CUCGUGAGAUCAGGCUGGUCAAACUGAUGCAAAUGCUCAUUGACUGAAGAUUACCAAAACAAUUUUUCCUCACUUAAUUUGCACAUAUUAAUUGUUCACUUAAAAAAAGUGCACUAGCUAGCAAAAUAAACAUUGUACAUUUUGAUUUCACGCUGACCUAAUGUUUGACAAUUGACCACUUGACUUUAAAUUGGCAUUGAAAGAGCAUUGUAACCCAACAUUGGAUUCAUUGGAUUAAAUAUGGACCAACCCAUUUCUUGAAAAAUUUAUUUUUUUCUGGUCUCAAUGUUGGUCUUGCUGGUUUCAACCUUGGUUUAGCUGGUCUCAGAGCUGCUCUUGCUGCUUUCAAUGCUGGUCUCUGUGGUGAUCUUGCUGGUCUCAGAGCUGGUAUUUUAAAUGCUGGUCUCAGUGCUGGUCUUGCUGGUUUCAAUGCUGGUCUCAGAGCUGGUCUUGCUGGUUUCAAUCCUGGUCAAAAUACGGGUCUUGCUGGUUUCAAUGCUGAUAUUGCUGGUUCAAUGCUGGUCUCAGUGUUGGUCUUUUAAAUGCUGGUCUUGCUUUUUUUGAUGCUGGUCAACGCUGGUCUCAGUGCUAAUCUUGUUUGUUUCAAAGCUGGUCUCAGUGGUGGUCUUGCUAGUUUCAAUGCUGGUUUAGCUGGUCUCAAUGCUGGUCUUGCUGGUUUCAAUUCUGGUUAAGCUGGACUUACAGUUAAUCUUGCUGGUUUUAACACUGGUCUCAUGGCUGGUCUUGCUGGUUUUAAUCCUGGUUUAGCUGGUCUCAGAGCUGCUCUUGCUGGUUUCAAUGCUGGUCUCAAUGCUGGUCUUGCUUGUUUUGAUGCUGGUCAACACGGGUCAAAGUGCUGGUCCUGUUGGUUUCAAUGAUUGUCUCAGUGCUGGUCUCGGUGGUUUUAAUGCUGGUUUAGCUGGUCUCAGUGCUGGUCUUGCUGGUUUCAAUGCUGGUCUCAGAGCUGGUCUUGCUGGUUUCAAUCCUGGUCAAAAUACGGGUCUUUCUGGUUUCAAUGCUGAUAUUGCUGGUUCAAUGCUGGUCUCAGUGCUGGUCUUUUAAAUGCUAGUCUUGCUUGUUUUGAUGCUGGUCAAUACUGGUCUCAGUGCUAAACCUGUUGGUUUCAGUGGUGGUCUCAGUGGUGGUCUUGCUGUUUCAAUCCUGGUUAAGAUGGUCUCAGUGCUGGUCUUGCUGAUUUCAAUCCUGGUUAAGCUAGUCUUAGAGCUGGUCUUGCUGCUUUUAAUCCUGGUUUAGCUGGUCCCACAGCUGGAGUUGCUGGUUUUAAUGCUGGUCUAAUGCUGGUCUUGCUGGUUUUGAUGCUGGUCAACACUAUUCUCAUGUCUUGCUGGUUUCAAUGCUGGUCUCAAAGCUGGUUUUAAUGCUGGUCAACGCUAAUCUUGCUGGUUUUAAUGCCUCAGUGCUGGUCUUGCUAGUUUUAUUGCCGGUCUCAGUGCUGGUCUUACUGGCUUCAAAGCUGGUCUUGCUGGUUUUAAUGCAGGUCUCAGUGCUGGUCUUGCUGGUUUUUAAUAGUCUAAAGGCUGGUUUCGAUGCUGGUCAAUGUGCUGGUUUCAAUGCUGAUCUCAGUGCUGGUCAUGGCCCAAAUUUAGACCAGCAUACCUUACCAGCAUAUGCUGGUUUAUCAGCAGAAUCCAGCAUUUUUCAGUAUCUUAAUAUUGUGAUUGUGUCUAUUUUACUGCUUUCAUUCAGUUUUAAUACCUUUAAUGUGCUGUAUUUUACACGCUUUGAUAUAAUAAAGUCUAUAAGUGUAAAAAAAAUAAUAAAAAAGAUACGCGCUGAUUGUCAUGACAACGACACCGCGUUCUCAUGCGGCAUUUCAUUUACACAGAAAUAACGCCGAGAAGCACAUGCUAACUGCUAAAGCGCUUUGGUGGCUGGCAAGCUCGAGCUGUUGGAAAUGCAAAUAUAAUACACACAUAUAUGUUAGCUUCGGCGGAACACCAUGUGACAGGAGCGUUACGUGCCGAUUAAAUCUCUGACGAAAGCACCGCCAGCAGCUCUUCUGCAAUAAUGAAGCGGAGCAGCGGCGCUGAAGGACAGCAGUGACCGCUCGCCUCGCACUCUCUGCGGAUCAAAUACACGCAAAGACCCCGCCACACAUCUGCACAUGAAAUGCACCUGCCUCCAGCGACGCCAGCGUCUUUAAACCUCAAGGUCCUUCUCUGUUAGAGGAACACGAGCUCUAAUGUGUCUGUUAGUGUGAACGCGUUUUUACAUCAAUAACAUCAAGCAAUAUUGUCGCAUGAUGAUGAGAUAUUUUGAUGCCUGAACGCGAAUUUCUGUAUCAGUAAGCCUGGUUUCCAGCGGUGCACAUCGGAUCUCCUUUCAAAAUACCAUCAGUUCUCUGCUGCCUGUGCUUAUCGAGGAAAUUGGGUAAAGGAUGGAAGCAGAGCAGCAGAUUCAAAGUGAGUCCAAAAGCAAUGAUCUGGCCUCGUCUACACCACCAAAAGCACCAUCAGAAGCAUCUCCUCCUGCAGUCCCGUCGGCUCCGGCCAGACCACGGCGGCCCCAGAGGAGCCCGCGAGUCGAAGGAUCCAUCGACGUCUCAGAGCCCAAACCUCCAGAGUCUCCAAAACCCAGCAGCCAUGAUGAACCGAACGCUGAAGCUCAGGCUCAGCUCAGAGUUCAUGCACCUCCGGCUGCGCUGAAGCUUUCGGGACAUGCUUCUGUGGCUCGGAGCCAUAUUUCCAUGAGGGCUGCAUCGCUUCCUCAGGCUCCAUCAUAUAAGCCUCCGUCUACAGAGUCAGUGGUUCACCCGCAGCGCGCUCUUUCUGUUGCCGGCACCGCAGACACACAGCCGCAGGUGGCAGAAGACUUCAGGAUUCAUAUUGUCACUUGGAACGUGGGCUCAGCGAUGCCUCCGGAAGACAUCACUAAUUUGCUGGGCCUGAAUGUUGGAGAUGGAAACACAGACAUGUAUAUUAUAGGCCUACAGGAAGUGAACUCAAUGAUCAACAAACGACUCAAAGAUGUUCUUUUCACUGACCAGUGGAGCGAAGUCUGCAUGGACGCUCUCAGCCCCUUCGGUUAUGUGCUGGCCACGUCUCAGAGGAUGCAGGGAAUGUUGCUGCUCGUCUUUGCCAAAUAUUUUCAUCUGCCGUUCCUGAGGGGGAUUCAGACACAGACCACUCGCACCGGCCUCGGGGGGAUCUGGGGGAAUAAAGGAGGCGUCAGUGCGCGGAUGACUGUGUUUGGUCACUCAAUCUGCUUCUUGAACUGCCAUCUGCCCGCACACAUGGAGAACACAGAGCAGCGCAUGGAGGACUUCGAGAGCAUCCUGCAGCAGCAACAGUUUGACGGACAGGCUGCAACCGGUGUCCUGGACCACGAUGUGGUUUUCUGGUUCGGAGACCUGAACUUCCGAAUCGAGGAUCUGGAAAUGCAAGUUGUGAAAGGAGCCAUCGACAAUAACAAGCUGUCCGUAUUAUGGGAAAAAGACCAGUUGAAUAUCGCCAAAGACAGUGAGACGGUGCUGGAAGGUUUCCACGAAGGGCCGCUUAAAUUCCCUCCCACCUAUAAGUUUGAUGUGGGGACAGACACAUAUGAUACCAGUGGUAAAAAGCGUAUGCCAGCCUGGACUGAUCGUAUCCUGUGGCGCUUGCGGCCGAUGGCUCAGGUCAGCAACAGCACAUCCAAACGCAGCUCUUUAUCAGGUCUGACCAGUGGAACUCGCGUUUCACAGCAUUUUUACCGCAGUCACAUGGAGUACACCGUCAGUGACCACAAGCCUGUCUCCUCUGUCUUCACUCUACAGUUUCCGUAUAAGGUGGACAUGCCUUUGGUGACAAUCUUCGUGGAGGAUGAAUGGAGAGAGAUUUCAGAUGCAGUGGCCAAAUUUAAGGUGGCGCCCAACUUUGCUCGAAGCUCCUGGGACUGGAUCGGCAUUUACAAGGUUGGGUUUAAGCACCAUAAGGAUUAUGUGGCGUAUACUUGGGCCAAGCAGGAAGAAUCGGAUUUCCUGAGACAGGAGCACCAGGUGAAUUUUACAGAGGAAGAACUGCCGAAGGAGUCUGGAGAUUUUAUAUUGGGUUACUAUAGCAACAAUACGAGCUCCAUAGUGGGCAUUACUGAGCCAUUCCAGAUUCAGUUGCCAGCCUCGGCCGCAGCAGGUCUGAGUCCGUCUGACAGCUCCGACUUCACGUCUGAUGAUGAAGUGAAAAAGCCUGAUUCUGGAGACUCGAGUCCUGAAACGGAAGAUCCGGUGAGCUCCAGACUCACAGAAGAGCAGAUGGCAAAACCCAGCCGACCGCACGCCAGACCAAGACACGGUAAACACCACGCCGGCAGUGCAGUCCAGCCCUCCGAUGAGCCCGAAAACUCAGGAAAAGCUGCAGCCGAGCCGGAGGAGCCUUAGCCAACCCAGCGGCGUCUCUGGAGGAUCACAUCAGCCCACGGUCGCAGGUUCUGCUGGAUCUGUAAAGUCCUUGUACAUUUACCGUCCUGUGAUGUUGUUUGGAGGUGUUGUCUUAUAUGUGCGGGAAGCGUUUAGUAUGUGGUUCUCUCCUGAAAAUACAAGGGGGCAGACUAAAUUGCUUGUGCCUGGUUAGUUUAGUUGUGUGUAUCAUUCUGUUCAUCAAUUUGUUCAACUUUUUCUGACUGCACAAGACAAAACCCUGCACUCAAUGAAAGAGUGCUACACUCUUAGAAAUAAAGGUGUUUUUUUUUUACAGUGAUGGCGUUAGAAGAACCACUGUUGGUUCCUCCCAAACACAUUUUUUUAAGCAGUUUUGCUUAAAGUAUAGAACAUUUCAAUAAAUAAUUCACUAUACAGAAUUUUUCAUCUUUAUUUUAGGAGUGUACACUACCCGACAACAGUCUUAUAUCCAAGUUUCAGGAACAGCAAGUAAUAUCGGUCAUACUUUACAAUAAGGUUCAUUAGUUAAUGUUAAUUAAUGCAUUUACUAACAUGAACAAA